AAUCAAAUAAAGAGUUAGAGGGGGCCCAGAAUGAAGUAGAGUUGAAGAGACCAACUUAGAAAAAUGUCACAAAAUCUGAGUUUGGAUGCAACUACUCUCCUAUGCAAGUACCCAGAUAAACUGAAUACAGAAUACUCCAAAGAAAAAAUUAAGAAACCCUAAUCAAGUUUUUCAAGUGGAGUGAUGACGUCAAGUGAGCGUAUCUUUCAGUUGAGAGUGGAUGCACUCACCGGCAACUCUGAGUGGGUGGUCGUCGAAGGAGACGAUGAUUCUCCCUCUGUCGACUUGGCCACAACCUCGUAUCUGGAUAUGCUUAACGACAAUAGCAGAAACAAAGCUUAUCGCCUUGCCAUUGACAACACUGUCACUCGACCUUGCUCAGUCCUUGACAUUGGUUCUGGUACCGGAUUACUGUCAAUGAUGGCUGCACGAGCAAUGGGUAUACAGGACUGCAAUGACAAAGGGAGGGUGGUUGCAUGUGAAUCUUACCUUCCAAUGAUAAAGUUGAUGAGGAAAGUUGUGCAUUGCAAUGGUAUGUCGAGGAAAAUAAAUGUCAUCAACAAGCGCUCAGAUGAACUCAAACUUGGAGUCGAUAUCACUGCUCGAGCUGAUAUACUUGUCAGUGAGAUCCUAGACUCAGAACUGCUGGGAGAAGGAUUGAUACCUACUCUGCAAAAUGCUCAUGAUGAGUUACUGGUGGAGAAUCCUGAAACUGUCCCUUACCGAGCAAUAACCUAUGGCCAGCUAGUUGAAAGCAGCUUUUUAUGGAAGCUACAUGAUCUCUAUAACAACGAGCUUUGUGCAUCAGAUGGCAUUCGUCUUGUUCCAACUGAACUCAGUUCCAUUUUGAAUGUGAAACCACAACAGUACCCUAUGCAUUGUGACUCAUUGCAAGAAGAAAUAAAGCUGCUUUCAGAACCCUUCAAAAUUUUUGAGUUUGACUUUUGGAAACGGCCAGACAGUCACGGGGAGGCUGAGAUACUCAUAAAGGCGGCUGCUGGCGGAAGUGUAAAUGCUGUUAUCUCCUGGUGGGUACUUCAGCUUGAUCGAGAAGGAACAGUCUUUUACUCUACUGCACCUAAGUGGAUCAAACAUUUACAGACAGAAUUUCCAGGUGAUCGGAAUUGGUGUGACCAUUGGAAACAAUGUGUUUGGUUUGUCCCAGGAAAGGGUUUACCAGUAUCCAAGGGUGAAAAUAUUCAUUUGCGUGCUGUCCACUCGGAUAUCAGUAUUUCUUACAGUCUCAAGGUUGAAAGCCAAAGAACUAGGAAUGAACAUAGUAUUCACGGGGAUGACUUGCAGCUGACUUUGUCACCUGAAAAAAUUGCAACCUAUUCUGAUGAUAAUUGGAGGAAUUGUGUAUUACUAGCUGUACAAAAUGCUUUGUACGGAAAAGAUUCCCCGUUAUGUUUUGUUGUGGAUGAUAGCAUUUUUUUAGCCACAGCCAUAGCCCGUCUUUGCAACACUUCACAUAUCAUGUUGUUAUUUCCUGGGUUGCGAGAGAGAGGUUUUCAGUAUCUGCAAGCUAAUGCUGAAACAAAUCAUUUUUCUGCUGACUGUCUGAAACUGCUUGAUCACCGGACAGACUGCAUUUCAAUAAAUGACACAGAUGGGAAGAAGAUUGAUUUAUUGGUUGGAGAGCCAUUCUACUACGGAUUUGAAACCUGUCUUCCAUGGAAAAAUUUGCGAUUUUGGAAAGAGAGGACAAGGCUUGAAAGAAUAUUGUCCAAAGACGCUCAUGUCAUUCCCUGCAGAGGAAUUUUACGAGUUUGUGCUAUGUCCCUCCCGGAUCUCUGGAGAAGUCGUUGCAGUCUUGUAAAUAUUGAAGGGUUUGAUCAUUCUGUUGCUAAUACCAUCUUGGGGGCAUGUGGGAACUUGUCAGCCCCCAAGGAGGGUCCUAUGCUGCCAUUCUUUGUCUGGCAAUGUGGGGAGACUAAGGAACUGAGUGAGAGGUUGACAUUGAUGGAAUUUGACUUCUCAAAACCUAUGAGUUCUUGCUCUGGGAAAGCAAAGGUUGAUUUUACCAAGACUGGUGUAUGCCAUGGUUUUGUUCUUUGGAUUGAUUGGGUAUUGAGUGCAGAAAAUGGUAUUAUUGUGUCAACUGGCCCAGACCAUAGACAUUGGAAGCAAGGAGUAAAGCUGUUAAAAACACCUAUGGCUGUUGGCAGUCAGGAUUAUACAUCAUCUGUUGAUGGUCAUUCAGUGGAAAUGGAGGCAAUUUUUGAUUCGGAAAAUGGCGAUCUCUCAAUACAAUACGCUUUUGUACAAUGAUAGAAAUUUACAGCAUUAAAGCUUAUCCAUUUGAUCUAUCUUUUCUUGCCUUGUUAGUCGUUGUAGACCUUUGAGUAGAAAUGUUCGGGCUCUAAUACUUUCAGUGGUCUUUCCUUGCAAUUUUUUCAGAUCACUUCAAUAUAAUGCAAUUAUGUUUCUUAGGUUA